UUCCUGUUUUUCAUCACGCAUGUCAUGGUCCCCAGGACGGACUCCGGACCCUGCCCUGAUCAUAUAUUCUAAGGUGUGAGAGACUUUUCUUUAUCAUAGUUCCGACAUGAAUCAGUAUAACUACACUGUAUCUACCCAGCCCUGAACACCUUAGAUAUAAGAUGUCUUCAGCCUCAGAUGGGGUGAAGGACCGACUGGUGACAGGUCUGGAGGAGACAGCAGACACAGUAGAGAAAAUCCUAGAAACUGCCAAGAAUUAUGUCACAGAAUCUGUGGAUGACUUUGUCACCAAUAAGCUGUCUUCCCUGGGUGCCAUCAUUGGAGUUUAUGCCAGAUUUUUGCAGAGUCUUUCUGUUACAUCAAGAGCUAAUGUUGAUGCAUUAAUACAGAAGUAUUACAGUUGUCCAGAAGUUCAAGAAGCAGCAGAUAGACUUGAAGACUUAGAACAGGACUAUGACAACUUCCUCAACACCGUUGACAAGCAAAUCAACAAAUCAGCGGACAUUCCAAAACUGGAUAUCGGUUCCCCAGGACCUUGUGACAUACCUUUGCUCAAUAUCAAAACUGAUGCCACAGCAGUAUUAAAGGACUACUUCGGAAGUGGACCCAUCUUGCUGGUCCUGAUCCGCCAUUUUGGAUGACUACCAUGACGGGACCAUGUCAAGGAACUAUUACAAAGACAGCCAGAGUUAUCAGACGCUAGCUGCAGGGUAAUAGUCGUGACAACUGGUCCUGCCUUGGGUGCAAAGAAAUGGUCACAAGACAUUGAGUGCACCUUUGAUGUUCUAGCUGAUGAGGACCGAAGCAUCUAUUGCUAUUUAGGACUUCCUCGCUCGGUGUACAGGGCCUGGACGAUGUCAACUCUUGUAUAUUAUGCUGAGCAGAAGGCUGCUGGGAGGAAGCUUUAUGGGCAAUAUGAAGGGGCGGAGUCGGACGUUUUACAGAUGGGUGGUGAUUUCAUCCUCGACAAGGAUGGAAAGCUUGUUUUGAUCCACCGCUCAAAGACUGCUCCUGACAGACCAACAGUUGACACCCUCUUACAAACUUUGCAGCAAAUGAAGACAGCGUGAGUACAAGACUGCUUGGAAUCUGACGAUUUUAUGACGCUGGUGACCAAAACCUGUGCGGAGGUUACUGGCUGAUGGCGCAAUUCGAAUGAUCCCGAAGUAGAGGUCUUUUUCUCUGAUUUGUUGUGACAUUCUUUGUAUCGGACUUUACUGUGAUAUUUAGAACAUUCUCAAGUAAAGUGCAUACAGUACUAUACAAUAAUUUUGCCGAUGAUUCAAUCAAUGGUGGCACUGAAAAUGUCAAGAUGGUAACAUUGACCUUUUUCGUCAACACUUGUAUUUUGUCAUCUACUCUCAGGACAAGUGUAUCAUGAAUAUAUACAAGUUUUAAGUGUUGUAAAAUGGUUUUUAAUGUUAUAAUACAAAUUAUGUUCAGAAUAAGAAUAUACUUUAUCUAUUAGGA